AUGGGCCAAGUUUACUCGUUGUACAAUGGCCUUUUCUCUCUCAGUCAAUGGUCCAUUCUCAGUAUUCGCCGACUACUAUUUAGUGGAAACGAACUGCUACUGGAAGGUCCAAAAUCAGAAGAAACUAAAGAUUAUCCCAAAGCAACACUCCAAUCACUUCCUGUCGAAAUACUUCUUCAUAUUUUCUCACAUUUGGAGCUUAAACCAUACCUCUUCUCUCGUGGUGUAUGCAAAGAAUGGCAGCGCCUUCUCCCACUCGCUGAUAUCCUUCCAGCACGACGCCGUCUGCUCGAGCUGUAUUUAAAGAUGAUUAAUACGCCGAAUUUCAUCGAUACCCGUUCAUGGAUACUCGAGAAUCUCCAGCCUUUUGACCGCCAGGCUUAUAUUGACACCAUCCUCUCUCAAUAUCCGGCAAUUCCUGAGGAAUUUCGUAUAUGGCUUCUUGAAUGGCCAGAACGGGCAACUAUAAAUUGUAUCUGGCCAGGCCUACCGUUUGUUUCAUGCAAUGACCUCAGUCCCAGCAGAAGGGAUGGAGUUAACUGGGUGGCGUACAAAAGUCAUUCCCCUCAACUUCUUGCGCCAGUCUAUAGGCAAGGUACCCCCAAUGCCAAAUUUAUUCCAGGUCUUUUGAUCUGGAGGCAUCACUAUAGGACAGAAUGGCUUAUUUUUGAUAAGGAUGAACCCCAACUCUUCGGUCGCGUUUAUGUAACCAGACUCAUGGAACUUGAAAUGCCAGCGGACAUCCAACAUGAACGUCGACUGACUGCCGAAGAUGAUGAAGAAGACAUCGAGUCUCUAGAAUAUUCUCUUGAAGAAGAGGGCACGGACGACACGGACGGCAGGUUCAAUGUACCAUAUCCUGAUUGGAUUAGCUAUUUGGAGAGCUGCUGGACCGAGAACCUCAGGAGGUUGGAAAAACGGAGAAUAUUUCUCCUAAAAGACGAUAUUAUUGAUGAAUCUGAUAUCGGACCUUAUUUCAAUGGGCACAACGAUACAAUGCUUCCUGCUUUCUCAUGGAGCUUACGAGAUUCGUUUACAGAGUGCCUUGUAACAAGUUAA